CUUGCAGAGCUCACUAGGUUUUUUCCUCGUUUGCAGGGCAAGGAUGAGUCUGUUUGGCUCGACGUCGGGGUUUGGUGCUGGGGGUACCAGCAUGUUUGGCAGCACAACAGCAGAUAACCACAACCCCAUGAAGGAUAUUGAAGUAACAUCUCCACCUGAUGACAGCAUAUCUUGUUUAGCAUUUAGUCCACCAACACUGCCAGGCAAUUUCCUCAUUGCAGGAUCAUGGGCCAAUGAUGUUCGCUGCUGGGAAGUUCAGGAUAAUGGACAGACCAUUCCAAAGGCUCAGCAGAUGCACACAGGGCCUGUGCUGGAUGGCUGCUGGAGUGAUGAUGGGAGUAAAGUAUUUACUGCUUCCUGUGAUAAAACUGCCAAAAUGUGGGAUCUCAACAGUAACCAGGCAAUCCAGAUUGCACAACAUGAUGCUCCUGUGAAGACUAUCCAUUGGAUUAAAGCACCAAAUUACAGCUGUGUGAUGACAGGCAGCUGGGAUAAAACCCUGAAGUUCUGGGAUACUCGUUCACCAACACCUAUGAUGACCCUGCAGCUCCCUGAAAGAUGUUACUGUGCAGAUGUGGUUCAUCCUAUGGCUGCUGUGGCCACUGCAGAAAGGGGGUUGAUAGUUUAUCAGCUAGAGAACCAUCCUUCUGAGUUUAGAAGAAUAGAAUCUCCUCUUAAACACCAACAUCGCUGUGUUGCUAUUUUUAAAGACAAAGUGAACAAACCUACUGGAUUUGCCCUUGGAAGUAUUGAGGGAAGAGUAGCUAUUCAUUAUAUCAACCCCCCAAAUCCUGCAAAAGAUAAUUUCACUUUUAAAUGUCAUCGCUCCAAUGGCACAAACACAUCAGCACCUCAGGACAUCUAUGCUGUAAAUGGGAUAGCAUUUCACCCGGUCCAUGGUACUCUUGCAACAGUAGGAUCAGAUGGUAGAUUCAGCUUUUGGGAUAAAGAUGCACGAACGAAGCUAAAAACCUCAGAACAACUUGACCAGCCAAUAACUGCUUGUUGUUUCAACCAUAAUGGCAACAUCUUUGCAUAUGCUUCCAGCUAUGAUUGGUCGAAGGGUCAUGAAUUUUACAAUCCACAGAAGAAAAACUACAUUUUCCUGCGAAAUGCAGCAGAAGAGCUAAAGCCCAGAAAUAAGAAGUAG